CAAAAUACAGAGAAAAAUAAAGUUGGCAAUUAAGGGAGAUAAUGGCGUAUUUUCAAUGACAAUACACGAAGCUUUUUAAAACUCAUUGAGUGAAAACUGUUGCUGAAAAUCCAAAAAUUUGAAAGUCAUUCUGAAACUUACGACUUAGAGAUUGAGUAUUCACUAAUCUAGAAAGGCAUGGCUAGGAUGUUAACUUCAACAAUAUAGACAUAGAAUCUAUUUAUCCAUAACUGCACCUAAUGGAUGGCGGUAAAUCAGAGGCAUCCGUAAUGAAUAUAGAAAUGAUGGUAGUUUAUCCGGAAGGACAUGAAGAAAAGAGACUUUUUGUCACACCUGGAAAUCUUGUUAAAGAGGAGAAAAUGAAAUUGCUUCGACACAUUAAUAUCGAGGAUCCAGAGGACUAUGUUUUACUUCUAAUUGCUCCUAACAAACUUCAAACAGUUUUAGAUGAUUCUGAGUAUUUGGAGACUUAUUUAGAGGAUAUGGCUACUAGUGCAGAGUCCUAUUUGGAAAUCAGGAGAAAAAAUGCUGCUUUUACUGUUAUACAAAGACCAGUUAAUACACAAUGGAUGAACAUAGCCUUAAAAUAAAAUAUUUUAUUUAUUCAUUUAUUUUUGCUACUAGCAUUGCCAUCAGAAAUUUAUAUUUUUAUUGUUUUAUUUGGUUUUACUUAUUAUAUUUAUUUAUGGAUAUUUUUCACUAAAGUUUUUAUUAUUUUACUCUGUCUGUCUGGUAAGAAGUUUGUACACAUCUUUUCUCCCACACCCUUCUCGGAUCAAGUUGAAAUUUUGAGAAUUAUUCAUUGGCAUAGAAUGAAAUAAAUCAAUAAACAAUAUUAACCAAUAAGUCAAUUGAUCAAUGGUAAUCAAUUAUUUUCUUUGAUACCACCAAGGGAAAUUAAUCCUUCAGUAUUUACAGAUAUGUAU